AUGUCCGGUAGAGGAAAAGGUGGAAAAGGUCUAGGUAAGGGUGGUGCCAAGAGACACAGAAAGAUUCUCAGAGAUAACAUCCAGGGUAUCACAAAGCCAGCCAUCAGAAGAUUGGCAAGAAGAGGUGGUGUGAAGAGAAUCUCUGCCUUGAUUUACGAGGAAGUGAGAGCUGUCUUGAAGACCUUCUUAGAAAACGUCAUCAGAGACGCGGUCACCUAUACCGAACACGCCAAGAGAAAGACCGUCACUUCGUUGGACGUUGUCUACGCUUUGAAGAGACAAGGUAGAACCUUGUACGGUUUUGGUGGUUAA